AUGACCGAUACGCCCAAUGUCCCUCUACUGGAUGCACGCGAGCAACCCAUCUUGGACAGCUUGCAGCGCAUACGAGAUGAAUUGACCCUUCUAAAGCAAGACCGCACCACAUAUGUCAAGUCCUCAGAUGUUAUGCCUCUGUAUGAAAGAGUAGUUGAUCAGGUCCGCUUGCUGACUGAACUGCGAGCCGACAAACCCGAGCCGCAACAAAGUCAAGUCGACCGAGUUUUGGAUGGCUGCUUUCAAUUAUUAUCCCUCUUCUUCAUGACUAUUGGCAGGAACAACGAAGCCCCAGCCGCAUACGCGUUGACAUCUACCAUCAAGCGUUUGCUGGACCAUUUGACCGAGGUGGAUUUAUAUUCCGAGAAGGACCUGUCACAUUUAUCGCAUACACUCAACAGGCUGCGGGAAAUCGUGAAGCAAGCCAGUGGAAGCUAUUCCCCCAAGUUGAUCAUUCUCUUAUCAAACCGAAUCGAGGCAUGCCAAGCGCUUUUAACGAAUCUUCAAGCUCGGCUGGCUAGGCUUGGUGGGGAGUUGCCAAACAUAUUCGAGAAGCUUAUCACAAUUCUACGGUCUAUCUCUCUCGCCAACACAAAAGCAAAGUUCUCAACAAAAGAAGUCCAACAUCUACAAGCCCAAGUGAAGGAAAUCGAUUCACUAAGAGUUGACGGCAAAUUUGUAGCAGCUAGUGGAGAGGUCCCUGCUGGAACUGAAGACGUUGUCAACCUAUUGGAAAAAUGCUUGCUUUGGUCAGACAUUGUAUUGACCCGAAAAGGAGAAAUGCCGGAAGGAUUUAGUGCAAAAUACCAAACUUUAGUGGAUAUCAGGAACAAGCUAGAGAAAUUGUCGUUGACGCAAGCCUGGUCUUUACGGGAGACGGAUCUAUAUGAUUACCAAAGACAGUUGGAUAGAAUUGAUGAAAGUCGAAUUGAUGGCAAUUUCGUUGACGCCGAGGGAAACUUUGCCGAGCUUUAUGUUCAGAGAACAUUGCUUUACUUGAUCCGAAGGUGUUACGGUUACAUCUACUACCUAAUGGUGUCCUCGGAGCCAGUCUCAGAAGCCUUGUUACCAGUCUACAACCAACUCCAAACCUUGAAGAGAUGUCUCAUUGAGGUCAAGAACUCUGGAGGUGUCAGCUCGCCGAGAGAACUAUACCCUUAUAGCAUGAAAUUGAAUUCCCUGGACAACAUGAGAGUAGACGGGAAGUUCAUGGUGGGAAACGAUAUUCCAGAAGGACAAGGGAGCGUUAUCGACCUCUUGUCAGAAUGUUUUGAUCUCAACUACGAGCUUCGAGUGGCAGCUGAAUCGGAGACCGAGGACUAA